UUUUCGCUAUUCAAAUUGUUUUCACAUUUCAAAAAUGGCGCAAACCGGUACAAACAGUAAUAUUAAUUGGCCCGCUUCUAAAGUACGUUCUACUUUUAUUUCGUACUUUGAAUCAAAAGGUCAUAAAUAUAUACCUUCCUCCUCAACCAUUCCUUUUGAGGAUCCUACUUUAUUAUUUGCUAAUUCUGGAAUGGCUCAAUUUAAAUCAAUAUUUUUGGCUACUGUUGAUCCAAGUUCUGACUUUGGUAAACUGAAAAGAGCGACUAACAGUCAAAAAUGUAUUCGUGCAGGUGGUAAACAUAAUGAUUUAGAAGACGUUGGAAAAGAUGUGUAUCAUCACACAUUUUUUGAAAUGUUGGGAAAUUGGUCAUUCGGUGAUUAUUUUAAGAAAGAGGCUAUCAUUAUGGCAUGGGAGCUUUUAACAGAAGUAUAUGGACUUCCUAAAGAACGCCUUUAUGUAACUUAUUUUGAGGGUGACGAAAAAUUGGGAUUACCUGCUGAUUUAGAAGCAAAGCAAUUAUGGUUGGAUGUUGGAGUAGAAGAAAAAAUGCUGAUCCGUGGAAAUUCGAAAGAUAAUUUUUGGGAAAUGGGUGAAACAGGGCCAUGUGGACCAUGUUCUGAAAUUCACUUUGAUCGUAUCGGUGAUCGGGAUGCUUCUCAUUUGGUUAAUAAAGAUGAUCCAGAUGUACUUGAAAUCUGGAAUCUUGUAUUUAUGGAAUUUAAUCGCGAAUCGGAUGGCUCACUUCGUCCGCUACCUAAUAAAAAUAUUGAUACUGGAAUGGGAUUAGAACGUGUCGUCUCAUGUUUGCAAAGUAAACUUUCAAACUAUGAUACAGACCUUUUCUUGCCCGUAUUUAAUAAAAUACAAGAUUUAACUGGUGCUAGACCUUAUUCUGGCAAAGUAGGGACAGAUGAUAUAGAUGGUAUAGAUAUGGCUUAUCGCGUCAUUGCAGAUCACGUGAGGACUUUGACUUUCGCUAUUGCUGAUGGUGGUGUACCAAGCAAUGAGGGACGUGGUUACGUCUUAAGACGAAUUUUAAGACGUGGUGCACGUUACGCUCGUAAGAAAUUUAAUGUACAAAUUGGUCAUUUCUUUUCCAACUUAGUUGAUACUGUUGUGAAUGAAAUGGGAGAAGUGUUCCCUGAAAUAACACAACGUGUCAAUGAUAUUAAAGAAAUUCUUGAUGAAGAGGAGGAGUCAUUCUCUCGAACUUUAGAUCGCGGAGAAAAACUUUUUGAUACAUAUCUCCAGAAAGCUAAGCAAUCUAAUGCUGAGGUACUUCCUGGAUCUUAUGUAUGGCGAUUAUAUGACACAUAUGGAUUCCCUGUUGAUUUGACGCGUCUAAUGGCUGAGGAAAAUGGGCUUAAAGUUGAUGAACAAGAAUUUUUAAAAGAACAAGAAAAAGCUAAAACAUUAAGUCGUAACGCCCGUGCUUCCGGCGGUGACAGUCAGGAAGUUGUUGCAUUAGACAUGCAUGACCUCGCGAAAAUUGAAAAAGAGAAAAUUGUGUCAAUAACUGAUGAUUCUUUCAAAUAUCUAAGCGGCAAUAUUGACGCUACAGUUAAAGCCAUUUUAUAUAAUCAUACAUUCUCUCGGUCUACGAGUGACAUACCUCCUGGUAAAAAUUUUGGUAUCCUCCUAGAUCGCACAAAUUUUUAUUCGGAACAAGGAGGUCAACAAUAUGAUACCGGCUCUAUUACUAUUGAUGGACAAGCUGAAUUCGUAGUUGAAAAUGUGCAAAUGUUUGGUGGUUAUGUCUUGCAUAUUGGUUAUCUUAAAUAUGGCAACUUAAACGUUAACGAUGAAAUAAUUGCCAAUUAUGAUGAAUUAAGACGAUGGCCGUUGAGAAAUAAUCAUACUGCUACACAUAUUCUCAACUAUGCGUUACGUGAAGUUCUUGGUAACAAUAUCGACCAAAAGGGAUCUCUUGUUGCCCCAGAAAAAUUAAGAUUUGAUUUUUCAUAUAAAAAAAGUGUCACGAACAAUGAGCUUGUCAAAAUUGAAUCAAUUUCAAACAAAUUUAUAAAGAAAAAUCAAAAAGUAUAUUCAAAAGAUGUUCCAUUACCGGUUGCCAAAGCCAUACAUGGCCUUCGUGCUGUGUUUGGUGAAGUUUAUCCAGAUCCUGUAAGGGUUGUAUCUAUUGGUUACGAUGUUGAAGAUAUUGUAAAAGAUGUAUCAAGUCCUAAAUGGGGAGAAACUUCAAUAGAAUUUUGUGGCGGAACACAUGUAGCAAAAACUGGUGAUAUCAAGCAUUUCACUAUUCUGGAAGAAUCAGGUAUCGCCAAGGGAAUUCGUAGAAUUGUCGCUGUUACGGGCGAAGAGGCUCAACAGGCUCAAAGAAUUUCUGAAGAAUUUCAGACAAAAAUUGAUUCGAUUUCAAAAUUAAAAGGUGUAGAACUAGAUAAUGCGUUAAAGUCGAUAACCAAAGAACUUGAUGCAUCAAAUAUAUCCGCUCUUAAAAAGUCAGAAUUCCGUGAGAAAAUUCAAGGUCUUAAGAAAGCUUUUGCGGAGGCUGAUAAAGCUCAAAAAGCUGCUCAAACAAAAGAGGCUGUAGACGCGAUAAAUACAUAUUUUAAUCAAAAUCCGGAUAUUCCAUAUCUAGUCAAAAAAUUGGAUGUUGAAACAAAAGCUAUCGCAAAUGCUAUCGCUCAUGUUAAGACUAAUUUAAAAGACAAAGCUUUAUAUAUUUUCUCGGUUGAUGAAAGUUCUGGUAGGAUAACUCAUUCUUGUUGUGUAGGCAAAAUUUUAACUGAAAAAGGGUUAAAAGCUAGUGAAUGGGCUAAAACUGUUUCGGAAACCGUUGGGGGAAAGUCUGGAGGUAAAGAUGAUUCUGCUCAAGGAAGUGGAUCAAAUAUUGAUAAACUUGAUGAAGCAAUAAAGGUUGCUGAACAAUUUGCCAAACUUCAAGUUGCGUCAUAAAACUUAUUUAUUAAUAUAAUAAUAAUAGAGAUAAUUUAUUAUAUUGUAAAAGAAUUAAAAGAAUUAAAAGAAUUCGAAU